AGUUAAGAUAAACUUGAGGAGUAUUUUACUCUCCGCCUGGUUGGCCUACACCUCCACGUACCUGGAAAAUCGAUUCCCAGCUGGAAAGAACAAUUCCCUCUUUCUGAACAAAACCCUCUCCUGAUCCUGAUUCCAAAUCCCAAAAGUCCAAUCAAAUGAACCAACAAAAUCAAUUAAUCAAUUAAAUCCCCCAGCAAAACCCAGAUUUGUUAAAUUAAUGGCGUUACGUUUUAUUCUCUUGAUCAUCACAAUAUUAAUUGGGUUUGGGUUUGGGCCGCGUGACUCGAGCGCUCUGAAAGUGCCGUUUAGAGUAAACGACGUGCUUCCCAUUCUCCCACGCGGCGUUUCAUGGCCGGUUCUCAAUAACCUCCACAGUGCCGUUGAUUUGCUUCCUUAUUUUGUCGGUUCCGUCACUCCCACCACCAAUGGCUCCAUUCAAUGGAAAGGGGCUUGCUUCUUUGAUAACAAAGCCACUCUUGAGUUCACUCACACAAAUCAUUCUUCAUCGCGUGCCGUUCUCUAUCUCCAGACUGAGGCUGCACAUAGCUGGACCUGCAUGGAUUUGUAUGUUUUUGCAACGCCUUACAGGAUUACAUGGGACUACUACUUCUCUGCUCAAGAACACACAUUGAAGUUUGACUCAUGGGAAGAGCCUGCGGAAUUGGAAUAUGUCAAGCAGCACGGGGUUUCUGUGUUUCUUAUGCCAUCAGGUAUGCUGGGAACCCUGCUUUCUCUGAUUGAUGUUUUGCCUCUGUUCGCUAACAAUGCAUGGGGUCAGAAAGCCAACCUGGAUUUCCUGAAGAAGCACAUGGGGGCCACGUUUGAGAAACGUUCUCAGCCGUGGCGUGCAACUAUUGACCCCGCAGAUGUUCAUUCAGGAGACUUCUUAGCUGUGUCAAAGAUCCGAGGUAGGUGGGGUGGUUUUGAGACACUAGAAAAGUGGGUAACCGGUUCCUUCGCAGGUCAUACUGCGGUUUGCUUGAAAGAUGAUAUGGGUAAUUUAUGGGUUGGCGAAUCAGGGCAUGAGAAUGAAGAGGGUGAAGAAAUAAUAGUGGUAAUUCCAUGGGAAGAGUGGUGGGAAUUGGCUCUUAAAGAUAGUUCCAAUCCACAGAUAGCCUUACUUCCCCUGCAUCCAGACUUGCGUGCAAAAUUUAACUCCACUGCAGCAUGGGAGUAUGCGCGGAGCAUGUCAGGCAAGCCAUAUGGUUAUCACAAUAUGAUAUUCAGUUGGAUUGACACUGUAGCUGACAACUAUCCUCCACCACUUGAUGCUCACUUGGUAAUUUCUGUCAUGUCUAUGUGGACUAGAUUGCAGCCUGCUUAUUCUGCAAAUAUGUGGAAUGAAGCAUUGAAUAAGCGGUUAGGGACUGAGGGUUUGGAUUUGCAUGAUAUUAUAGUAGAGACUGAGAAGCGCGGCAUACCAUUUGAUCAAUUACUCACCAUUCCUGAACAAGAUGAAUGGGUAUAUAGUGAUGGGAAAUCAACAACUUGUGUUGCCUUUAUUCUUUCAAUGUAUAAAGAGGCUGGGAUUUUUGGUCCCUUUUCUAGCUCCAUUCAAGUAACUGAGUUCACUAUUCGCGAUGCGUACAUGCUCAGAUUAUUUGAGGAUAACCAAACACGCCUGCCAAGUUGGUGCAACAAUGAGAAUGACCGGCUUCCAUUCUGCCAGAUUCUUGGAGAAUACAGGAUGGAACUGCCUGGCUAUAACACCUUGGAGCCAUAUGCCCACAUGAAUGAGUACUGCCCUUCCCUUCCUCCAACUUAUGAUCGGCCUUCUCGAUGUUAGAUCCUAGAUCCGUCUCUCUUCCAUUCGCUCUGGUAUGGAUCAGGAUCCUGUCAUGUAGAAAUUUCACUUGACAUUGUCAUGUUGAAAUAUCGUGUGUAUAUGUCUCUACAUAAGUAUUAAAUAGGUGAGACUCUCUGAAUAUUAAUGAAGAGAGAUAUAGACAUCAUAUUUCACUUGACAUUGUCAUGUGAGACGAGAGGAUUCUAAUCCUUUCUAGUAUCUAGAAUUGUCUGUUUUUUUAUCUUAGGAAUUAGGUACUUUGUUGUUCCAAAUUGUCUAUAAACUAUACCACGGGACACUGGAUAAUGUGUAUCUACAUCUUGAUAGUCAAGUAUAAAGAAUAUUAAAAUA